AUGGCUCGCUGCAGGAGUUACUUACGAGGACUCUCCAUCUGUGUCACAGUGCUGCUACUGGUGAGCUAAUGGCUAACUGCUAAUAUGCUAAUAUGUUUGUGAGGUAAACAUCAUAGUAAGACAUAGGUAUCUUAAUUAACUUGAGGAUUUAACAUAAAGAUUUAACAUAAGAACAUAAAAUUAAGAGAAAACAGAUUCAUAGCAUCUCCCAACUCUAAUUGGAAAGUCUUAUAGUAAAAGAUUCAUUAAAAUGAAAUGUUGUUAAAUCUUGUGUCAAUACAUUGACUGAUUUAACAACAUUAAAAAGUUACAAGCCCAGAAAUAGACUGAAUGAUUUACUUCCAGUUCAUCUUAUUUAUUUGGCUUUAUUCAGAUAGAGAAUAUCUGGUUGAAAAGUUAAGAUUACAGAAUUGAGGGAAACAGAGACAAAAACAAAUUUAGAAAUGUCAAUUGUGAUUGCAGAAACAAUGUGUAUUACAUUUUCCCAAAAAAAUUAAAAAAAAAAUGAUUAUGAGUAUAAAGUAAAAAAGUAUUCCAAGAAAAUAGUUGAAAUAUUAUAAGUUAUUAUAUCAGAGCGCUAAUUAAUAAUAUUCCUGACUAAAAGUCUUGAUAUUCUGAAAAUUAACCUGUAAUUUUCUGAAAAAGUCAUCAAUUUUAAAUGAAGAGUCACAAAAUUACAAAGAGUUAUAAUAAUCCAAUUUCUAAAUUGUGAUUUUACAAGAAUAGUUAUAAUAUUACAUUACAAAAGUCAUAAUAAUCCCAGAAUGGAUUUGUAAUAUCAAAAGAAUAAAGUGGUCAUAUACUGAGAAUAAAACCUUAGCAUUAAUUAAAAAAGUCUUAUUAUUCUGAGAAUAAAAUUCUGAUAUUAUGAGAAAAAGUUGUAAUAUUAAUGUAUGUGAUAUAAGUUGUUAUGAUUCUAGGAUAAGUCAUUAAAUUCCAUUAAAAGUUGCUCUGUUAACAGAAUUAAGUUGCAAUCUUACGAGAAUAAACUCCCCAUAUCAUAAGGGAAAAAGUUGCACGACUCAGAAAAUAGAGUUUUAUAUACAAAGACAAAAGUUGAGAUAUUGCAAGAACAAAGUCCCCAAAUUAUAUGGAAAAGGUGGUAAUAGAGUUGUAAUAUUUCAGGAAUUAAGUUGUAAUACACUGAGAAUGAAAUUCUAGUACGAUGAUAUGCCAAACAAAGUUUUAAAAACUCUAAAUUAAAGUAGUGUAAUUCCAAAACUUAAGUCCUUGCAAAACUUGAAAAAUUCACAAGAUUCUAAAAAUAAAGUCAAAAUAUAAAGUGUGAAUAUUGUGAGGAUAGAGCAACGAUAUAUAUACAUAUAUAAAACAAAAAUGCAGUUUCCAGGGGCUGAGUCUGUACUUUCUGAGAAUAAAGAUGAAUCAUUGAAGGAUUGAUGAUUCACCCUUUCCAAAUUUAUAGUUGAAAAAUAACAUUCUGACAAUAGAGUUGCAAUAGUUUCAGUUUUCAUAAUUUAAGAAUAAAGUCAUGUUUGCUUGAGGAAAAAAAAUUACACACACACACACACACACACACACACACACACACACACACACACACACACACACACACAUAUAUAUAUGUAUAUAGAUAUAUACAUAUAUAAAUAAUUGCAAUAACCCAAGUAAAGUUGUUAAAUAACUUUUAUAGAAUAUAAUGUUGCAAUAAUUGGGUUUCUGUUAAUUUCUGUAAAUAGACUCAUAUGACACAAAAGUUAUUCAUAUUAUUGAGAGUAAAAUUGCACAAUUACCAGAAAAAGAUGGAAUAUCAAGAAAAAAGAUGUGAUUUAAAAUCAAUACUUUAGUUAUAAACAGGUUAAACAUGAGAUAUAGCUUUUUAGUUUUAAUAGCCUGUGAAAAGAGUUGUAAUGUUCAGAGAACAGAGGCUAGAUAUCACAGAAGUUGGAGUGUGACCCAAGCACAUUCCUUAAAUUAAAGUUUGGAAAUCACUCCUUGGGAAGCUUGUAAGAAGAUAUCACAACUCCUCAUUUCAUAACAAUUAGUUUUGGGCCUGACAGUAGUCCCGCCUCUGAUGAGGCAACUUGCUAAUAAUAGUUGAGUUUUUUUGGAUGGCACCAUGGGUGGCCAAUCAGAUUACAAAGGGGGGCCUAUGCCACCAUACCACCCCAAGGAUUGGUUCUGGUUGUACAUAAUUUAAAGUUUAUUUUUGUUUUUUGUUUUUUUUGAGUUUUUGUAUGUUGAUGUCUGUACUUUUUUGGGCAUUAAUAUUAUUUCAUUGUAAUUGCUUUACAUUCAAAUGUUGUUUUUAGAGAGAUUAAAGCAGAGCUGAAAAGUAGCAUAACAAUAAAGUCUGCACAGAACAUCACUUUAAUGCUCUCUAUUGGAACGAUGUGAAAGUGCCAUGCUGUAAAUAUUAUAUAAUCUAAAAAAAAUGAUGUUAACGUUAUUGUAAGUAGAUGGAAAAUAGCUGCCUAACUUUUUUCAUUAAAUCUCUGACAGGGAAAAUAUUCCAUUGUGGUGUUCUUUAUUUACCAGCUCCUGCUUCCUGUUUUGGUGCCUGUUAGACAUAAUCGGCUGACUACACUGAUUUUAGUGUCAGAUAUUUCAUUGUAGGAGUAUUUAAUCCUGUAAUGCCACAGUGUUUUUCAGACCUUGUGAAUUGUUGUCUCUCUAUGUAAAACAGACAUAGACAUGAUAUUUUUUAUCUUUUUCAUUCUCUUUACUGACUACAAUGGAUAUAAUGUGUUUUGGGGCUUUGUAAGUGUCCUUUCAUUGUAUUUUAAUUAGUUGUAGACUAACUGCUUUUUUAUCCUUGAUGUUGAUUUCUUUUUUCUAGAACAUCCUCGUUAAGCAGCUGCUUUUAAAUUUGCUGCAAAAUUAGAAAUAGCUGCAGAAACUACAAAAACAAAAAGAAACUAGAAAAGCACUCGGAGAGCGCAGACCUCCGCCAAGCAGUUCAUGUCCCCCCUUAAGCAAGUAAUGCCCUGACAGGGAUUGAAACCCAGGACCUUCUGGUUGUGAAGCAACAGUGCUAACCACUACACCACUGUGCUGCCUAUCUACACCACUGUGCCGCCCAUUGGUUAUCUUUCAGCAUUGAAAAUUCCAAUGACACCCUUAUUUUUGUGUGUUCUGGAUCACAGUAUCCAGAAUUUUGUCUGGAUGACCACCAAAAUUUAACGGGAUCCUCCUGGGGCUGAGACGCACCUCUGGUGAAAAUUUCAGGUCAAUCCGUCUGUUACUUUCUCCGUAAAGUUGCUAACAGACAAACAAACAAACAAACAAACAAACAAACAAACCAACCAACGCUACCGAAAACAUAACCUCCUUGGCGGAGGUAAUGACAAUCCAUCAAGAAAGCCUUUAGGUGGGUUUGUACAGUAAGAGUUUCUGUGAAAGUCCAAACUCUGACUGUGAGACUGAUGAUGUCAAGUUUUAUAGUUCCCAGCUGAUGAGGGUCUGAUGAGCAUCUCUCUGGGGAAGCUGAACAGUUUCAGAGGAAUGUUGCUGCUGUUAAAGACUUCCUUCUUCUGUGAAAACCAACAAACUCACUCAGUCAUGGCAGUUUAACAAACUUUUUUGUCUGUUUCCCUUCAUUACCUCUCUGCAGGUGUCUGGUGUGGUGAUGAUUGGUGCUGGAUUUGCCUCCAUGGAGGGAAAUACUCCAGUUGCUGAGGUAACUGUGUUUGUGUUAGACCUCAACGCACUACUAUUCGUCCCACAUGGUUGGUUUGUUGUUUCAAGCAACUUUUCUUUCCCAAGACUAUAGACUGUUGAAAAGAUGGCCGUCCUCUCACUGAUGUCACCCAUUGGUUACUCAAGAGGCAUUAUGUGGCACAAAGAAUUGUGAAUGUUUACCUUAACUGGCUUCCAGCUAAUCAGCAAACCAGCAAAUACACAUGCCCCAAAUGCAUAACUCUGACCCAGACUUUAUAUCAGCAUAAAAUAUCACAAUUACUGAACAACCGUGGUAUUAUUUUAUUGGUAUUUAAAAAAGGCAAGAAGCGGAAUAUGAGUGAACAUGUUUUAACAGUGGCAGUAAGUAAAUAUACAUUAUUCAACAAGUGGAUGCAUAGACCAUUCAUUUGUCAGUGUCAAACAAGAUAGAAGCCUAGGAUUUUAAUUUCCCUUUUUCAAUUUAAAUGCUGUAUUGGUCUAUAGUUCAAAAAUUAUUGAUAAAAUCUGCAAAAUGAAAAUAAAAAAAAGGUUCCUAUAAGUGUCUUCUGACUCCACUAUAUUUUUUGUAGGCUGUAAACAUGCUAAAUUCUGCUGUAGUAAAGCUGAUAUUUUAAUAUGGGGUCACUUUGGGAACUGCUGCUUUAAUAGUAGCUUCAUAACAGUUUUUCUUAAGACAAAAUAAAACCAGCUCAUUUCAUACACACACAAAAAUUGACUUUUCCUAUUUCCUUUUUUCCCAGUUGUUUGACCAGUUGUCUAGCAGUGAUGGUCUACUGGCCCUGCAGGUGUUUGGCCCUGUCACUGUAAUUUUAUCCAUUCUGGGUAUUUGUGCUGCAACAUUGGACCUCAAGCCAUUGCUCUUGGUGGUGAGACCCUCCUCUCUUACCCAAAACCUAAAACUAAUUCUGAACCAAAAAUUAACUUACCUUCCUUGUGGGGGCAUGGUCCCCUUGUCCCCAUCAGAAAGUCAAGUCCCUACUUUGUACUAAAAAGAAGAACUGAAGGCCUGUGGCUAAUCUGUGUUUAUAUUUUCCAGUUUUCUGUUCUGAUAUUUGUGGAGUUCGUAGCUAUGAUGGUUGUUGCCUCCCCACUGGUUCAAGUUCAAACCCAGGUAACUUCUAUUUAGUUUGUCUGUAAAGUCUAUUACUUUCUUUACCACCUCCAGCACCCCCGGUGGUGCUUUGUUUAUUGCAGCUUACGUUCCUGAACAUUUAAAAAGCUCACACUCUUUCUUGUGCUGUUUUUUUUAAUCACUGCAUUUUUGUCUGCAAAAAAUCUUUUUGUGGAUAAUUUUGUCCUAGAGUUACUCUUUAAUAUUUAUGUACUGCUCAGUUUGUUUUUUCUGUUUUGCAGAUGGACGCUGAGGUCGAAAAUGUGUUUCUAAAUGUAACUCCCCUUCACAGAACAGACCAUUACAUCCAGCGUGAACUGAACAAGCUGCAGGCCUCAGUAGGAAACUUUGAACAAAAACCGAGAACAGAUCAAAUGUAUUAAUCUGAUGUGAUCUUAAAGGAUUUAAAACAAACAAACAAACAAAAAAAAACACAAAUAUUUUUGAGAGACAUAUAGUAUCUGCCAGUUUUGUAAGAGCUGUAAAAUUCAUGUUGACGUUGAUUUUUUAGAUACUGUCUUUUCCCAGGAUUCCUGUUGUGGUUUGAGGAGUUAUAAAGACUGGGAGGAUCAACUUCCAAACACAUGUGGAUGCACAUUUGCCAACACCUCUGAGUUAAAUCCAAGGUACAGCAACAAAAACAUGAGAACCUAAUAAGCAGAUUCACACAUAUGAGGAAUUUGACUUGGCAUUUUUGUACCAAAACAAUGAAGACAGAAUUAUAAAAAUUAUAAAUGUAAAUAUAAAUAAUGAAAAAUAGCAAUGUACAUAUGUGAGUGAAUCCCUGUUCGUAGUAUGGGUUUGUUCUUACAAAGGACCUUACAAAUUUGUAGUUUUUCUUGAAAUAUAAUUCUCAAUGCUUUCAUACAUAUACAAGUUUUCAAAGUAUCCAUUUUCUUGCAGAAGUAUCAGAUUUUGUAACCAGAAAGGUUUUAACUGAAGGACUCUGCAUCUUGAGGUACUCAAGAUGUCUCUCAAAUUUAAAGUUAUUGAAAUUUUUAAAACUUUGUCAGGCAGAUUUGUUCUGUGGCUCCUAAGAUCAACUACACAAACAUUACAUGGCACAUCAGACAUUUCACUUAAUAACAAAAACAUUUCAUUGAUAUCAAAAUGUGGGAAAAAAUAAUGAGAUGAAUGUUUUAUAAAAGAUAUAAGAAUCCACAAAAUUCAAAAAUAUUCAAUGAAAUAUAUAAAAAAAACUCUUACAGUACAAAAAAAAUGUUUGAAAAAAAAAAGUUCACAAAAUAUUUAGAUUAGACAAAAACUAGAAGAAGACUACAAAUAAAUGUUUUUUAAAAUCUGUCCAAUUUUGCAUUUAAUGAAAUGUUAAAGAAUUUAGUAAAAUUUUAGGAGGUUUUAACAAAAAAAAAAAAAUCAUAGUUAUUAAGUCGAUUUUGUGUUUCAUUAAAUUCUUUUGUGUUUUGACAAGAGUAAUAACAUUUCAUAAACUUAUUUUUUUUCCUAAAUAAUUUUAGCAAUUUGGGAUUUUAUUCUGUGUUUCCUAUUUCUUUUUAUUAUGAUAUUAAGGCUUUUAGUAAAAAGGUGAGCUAGAGAGGAAAUGUUUGUGCAAUUGACCUCAUAUAAUUGGGCUAUAUAUAACACCAUCACUAUUAAUGUACCAGCAAUUCAAUGUAGUACAAGAUAUACUGAAUUUCCCCAAAACAGAAAACAUCUUCAUAUUGUCAUGGUUUUGAGUUUUUGUUGUGUUUCCAAAAAUUCUGCAAAACUUUCUCUAUUAUUACAGCUCUCAAGUGGUUGACAUUAGUUCGGGAGAGCCCUGUGUGAUGGUGGGCAGCGACCAAAAUCCUCCAACCGUACAGGUCACAGAAGGGGGAUGGGUUCACUCUAAGGUAGCUACAUGUGCCAUUUCAGACCCACCCUCACCCUAUCAUCAUUGUUUAAUUUAAUUUAAUAAUAUUUAGUUUUAACAAGAGUUUGGUACUCAUACAAAUACCACUGCUGACACUUUUACAAGAAGUCCUCCCUAUUUUUAAGUGACCCUUUGUCAACUUGUUCUACAGCUUUUUAGAAAUACAGUCCAUGCUUUAUCCUUAAAAUAUCAUCUGCUAUUUCAUUUCAGCCCUGUGGUCCUAUCCUGAAGAGCUACUUGAGCUUCCCCAUCAGACUCAGGAUAGGAAUCAUUUCAGCCUUUUCUACCAUCACGGUACACAGUCACAUACUAAAUCCUUAUCCUUUUCUAGAAUUUGUGAGCAUUUCUUUAGUUAAUUGUUUUAAAAAUAGCCAAGUUCACAAAACUUAAUGACACUCAGUCUGAAAAGGGUACGAUAUAAUAGCAAAGUUGGGAACUUAAGUGUCUAACAGUUGAAUUCAGAGUAAUAGAAAAUUCAGAUAUUUGGCUUUUUAAGUGGCAUCCCACUGGAAUCUUCAUAUCCUUGAAAAUACACAUUAUGGCAUCACAGUACACAAAUGAUGCUAAUAACACAACAAAUACCAUCAUAUAGUGACUGGGUUCAGGUUUGGCCUGUAGAGAGGGAGACCCAUUUUGGCAACAUAGAUAUAAAUGUGUGUGUUGGUCUGACAAUACACUUAUGUUGCUUUUAAAUGGCACUGUAGUCAUGUCUCAGUAUCAUUUGAAAUUUUAAAGAGGAUAUCACAAGAUGCCUUUGUACAGGUAAGGGGUCCUAGUUCGCUUGUUAACCAGAACCACUCAUUAGUAACAUAAACAAGUAUGUGUAUCAUCAUUUAUGUAUAUGCGUGUGUAUGUGUGUUGCAGAUAUUUGCCAUUGCUUUGUGUCUGGCUUUGGGCCUGGAAGAAUAUUGGAAGACGCAAACAGUGCAAACUACCAUCGAUGACUACAACAGAGUCAAAUACCAACCCAAACCUACCCCAACUUGA